UGAGUCGUUCUCCUUUAGGAUAUUGGCUUUGCUCUUAACUGUCCUAUUUUUCAGCUGCAUUCGUAGAUUUUUAUUAUUUUCGAGUUGGUUCAUUAGUAGAGAAAUCUGGGGUUUCUAGACUGAUAGAGUUUAAGGACCAUGCAGCUCGUAUAAAGAGCGUUCUUCUUUGAGGGCAACGAUCCACACAUAUGAAAACAUUUACCGUUAAGAGAACAUGAGUCAAAAUCCAAUGUCGGCAUCCAGGAUUCAGGUUGGGGGUCGCCAAAUGCCUUCCUGGUUCCCGACGCCAAUGGGAAAUGCUACUAGAACUACUAUGGCCACCCCUCCACCUUUACCAGAAGAACCUCCUCCAAUAAUGGACGAAUCUGAGUAUGAAGAAAUUGACCAUUUGCCCAGCCAAAAUGGAGUAAGACGCGGUCGAGGCAGACGCGUGUGUAACUUGUGUGGAGAUUCGAACGCCGUUGUUUGUUGUGAAAUGUGCGAAGGUCAAAUUUUCUGUGGAGGCUGUAACGACGUUUAUCAUAGACACCCAAAACGCCUUCAUCACGCACGAAAGUUAAUUGACGCUGGAGACAGCAGACCUCCACUACCACCGAAAGCAUUUGCUACGCAUAACUCAACACCUCAACAAGCAGAUGGCCCACCAGUGCUUUCUUCACUCCCUCCUGUUCCCCCUCCGAGACGAAACAAGCGUUUUCCCUUCAUUGGAAUGGGAAUGCGUUCUGCAACGAGUUCUCCCACCCUUACCAAGAAAACCUUUGACCCUAUGGCAACUUUGAAGCGCUUUGUUGGUGGGAUGGCGCAAAGGCCACUCCCACCAACCCCAAAAUCCGGUCCCCCACUUCCUCCUAAACCUACGGAGUUUGGAAGACCAGUGACCCCGGUAAUGACGCGGGGACAGAGCAUAUCUGAUUUUGAUCGAAGACACAGCUCGCCAGCUCCUCAAAUGUCCCCGACAGGGAGACGACCUAUACCGCAAACGAUGCAUGAAUUUCAAGCUCCCCGAAAUCACCCUCAAAGUGUCAGUGUUGCCAACCUCAGCAUGCAACGGCCACCAAGUCGUAACAACGGUGGUUAUCCAGAAUGGGAGGAAGAAGACUACUUUGCCCGACAAAGAGCUUCCAGUGUUUCGAUACCCAACAGGUUUCCCAACUCAUCCCAAGAUGCAUCGCAUUUUGCCACCUUGCAGCGACCCCGUCGAGGUCAAAAUAACAGUAUGGCUGCCCCUGAACGACCCCCACCUCCACUUCCGCCUCGAUCAUACCCUUCUCAGUCACAGCUCGGUUUCCAAACAAGUCAGUCGGCCUUCAACAUUAAUCAAAUGGGGAUUCCCCAGAAUCAGCAAUUUGGAAAUAUGCACCCUUGGAAUUAUCCUCCUGCGAGCGGCGGAUCAUCAGGUUAUCCAAUGGAAUUCCAACAGGCUGCGAUGAUGGGGUAUACUGGCUCAAUGAGAAGAACUCCAUCGAAUCAGAGCAUGGGUGGAGUUCCACAACAAUUUUUUGGGUGGGGUCCCAUGGGAUUUGGUCCCCCCAUGUCUCAACAAGAGAUGGAAAUGGAAAUAAUGGCAAGACGAGGGUCUGAAUCCAUGUGGAUGCAACAGGGUCAACAGCAACAACCGCCGCUACCUCCUCGACCUCCAUCCGUCACCCAAUCACAGCCUGUAACUCCUCAGGGCAGUUUCAGAAGAAAGACGAGACCUUCCAUUCAGCACGAAGAACAAAGAGAACAGCAAUUUCGCAACAUACAUCAGCCGCCCCCUCCUCAUGAGCGAUUCGUCCAGAAUCAGCAAUUUACUCAACGCCCACCCACACCCAAGUCUGGUCUUUCGAGAAUGAAUCCGUCUCCAAUUCAAUUCCAAGAAACCACCAUUCGUGACUUGGAAGAAGAGGCAGCUCUGGAAUAUGCUGGCAGUGAUACGCCUGAUGGUCCUUGGACGUGUGAGCAUUGUACUUUUGUUAAUCCGAAAAGUACAAAAAUUUGCACAAUAUGCUGUAAGACUCCGGCUCAUGGGUACAAGUCAAAACCAAGCAAGUAUGCUGGAGGCAAACCUGAGACACAUCAGCGUAAAGGUUCAAGUAGUUCAACAAAUGAGAACGAAGAUAUACCUGUGAUUCAGUCGAAACUCAGCAUUUCUCGUCGAGGAGAACAGCAACAGGCGACGAUUAACUUGAUCGAAAGUAUCGAACGUGUCAAAACUCCAACAAAAGAUCGCAAAAAGCUUUCAUCAAGGCCUGGGUUUGCUUCAGCCGUCUCGACAAAUAACAAUAAUGAGGAGGAGGAGGAUGAUGAUGAUCAAGAACUGUUGAACCAAACUGCUCAACAUCACCAAAUUAAAAUUAAUACGAAAAAGCCUAAACCUGUCCCCAUAAAGUCUAAAAUGAACGACAGCAACGAAGACGUGUAUGGCAGUGUCCCUGUUCAAGCCACCACUAUUAGCCCAAAAAUAGACAUAAGGCGACAUCCCAAAAUGGUGUCAACAGGAGUCAGUAGCUCACCUCCCAAACCACACCAUGAACAAACAACCCACCAGCAACUACGCAAACCAGUUGCUUUGAAAAAUAAGCCUCCACCCGAAACACUACCUAAACCAAUUUCCAAAGAUGAAAAUUCUUCCAGUCAGUUAAAUAAGAAUAAGAAUAAGAAUAAGAAUAAUAGAAAUGAUAGUAGCAGUAGCAGCAGCUCAAAUCCUGAACAAACCAGAUCCUCCCCCUCAUCGUCCAGUUCCAGUACGUCUGAUUCCAUCAAAAAACCAAUAUUACCAAACCCAUCGACAAAUGUCUCAUCAACGUCAAAGCAAACACUCCUGUCUGUCUCGUCUACUGGGGUCCAGGCAGACGGUCCAGCAGACAACCGUGGGGAAAGUGGGAGUGAAAGCAAUCGAAGUGGUAGUGGGACAAGCAGCAGUGGUCAAAUCGCUACCAGCUCCUCCGUCAAUAUUGAUAAACGUGGCGAGAAUACUGUGUCAAACACAAAAAAGUUGGAGAGAAAGAGCUCCAAGGGCACAUCUCCACCACCCCAAAGUAUUUCUACUCAAACGUAUGAGGAGCUCCCUGCUUCAACAAUGCAUCAAAACUCAAUGUCCAAAACAUCAAUGCAGUCCUUGCAAUCGGAUGACUUUGCUCCGCCAAAGCCCAUCGAAAUGUCAGAGAAAGCGCUUCGCUACGUGAGAAAAGCGCGACACCAUCACGAAGCGAAACUGAAGCGCAGCUUGUCCACGCAUUUGUACUCCGCUUCAGGUGAUCCUUGGAUGGACGCGAUGGACUCGCACGGAAAAAGUAUGUACAGGUCUUCCAGCCGUCACUCGCUAAUGGAUGACACAAGAAGCCUGCCCUUGUCAGGGCCAUCAUCACGUGAUACAAGUCCCCCACCCAGGAAUGGGAGAUUCUUUGAAGAUUUCCGACAAUUCCAACCACCUCCCUCGUGGGACAGAUUUCCUGCCCCUGAAGGAUAUUUUGCUUCACUUGAAGAUAUUGUCUCAAGAAGAAGAAAAGAUUCAAUGCGAUCUCAAGACUUUGAACUGAACCGGCUUUUAAAAGAGGCCGAAGAUUAUAAUUACACGACGGAAGAUGUUCAAGUAGCUCUCAAAAUGUGUGGAGAUAGAAAUCCUGUGAAAUGGCUGCAGGAAAACUGGUCCAGCAUGGUAGAAACGGUACAAACUUUGGCAACCAAGUACGGGCGAGAGAAAGGCGAAAACAAUCAAACUGGAACAAUCUCAUCAACUGAGGCUAAAAAUGCAUUAAGAGCAAAUCGUAGAAAUGUUUGGGCAGCAGUUACUGAAUGUAUAGAACAGAGAAGAAAAAAGUUCUUGGAGCUGCAGUCUCGAGGUACUUUUCUGCCUGAAGAUAUUUUAACUGCUUUGACAGCAAACCACGGAAAUUUGGACGCUGCUUAUAUAGAACUUUCUAAAGCGCAGCUUAAGCCAUUUUUAAUGAGAAUGUGGGCUUCUCCGAGUGAUGGGUUGGAUAAUAAUUUGACAGCGUCUAAUAGUUUGAAAGGAGCUGAAUCAAAGGGUCCUAAUAUUUCUGGUGGAGGUGACAUAAUUCCCUCUUCACCGAAUCAGACUGCUAGUGGGCACGCAGUUGCGAGGGUCAACGAAGCAAUAACGCAAAAUUCAAAGACUGUGCAGGAGGUCCCAGCGCUGAACGAACUGGAACCAGAACCACGUUUAGAAUUACUUGUGUCAAAUGCAGCAAAAGUCUCACAAGAAAUAGAAAAAGCUAUUUUAGAACUAAAGCAAUCAAAACAAUCAAAGACUUUGGAAUCAGCUAGUGAUGAAAAAAACAAUCAGAAUCCGGAACAGGUCAGCUUAAUCAAGGAGGAACCAGUAGAAUUCCAUCCCAAGGGACAAAUUACAAUCGUUAAAAGCGACGAAGAGGAAAGCUUUGUGGAUGCGGUGUCCACAUCAGAUUAUGAAAUCCAUGCAAUUUCCCCACGACAAGACUCAUCCGACAAUAUAGACAUGUCAAACGAAGACCUAGCGGACGAAGACGAGGACGUGUUGGAAAUUGAAAUUGAUGACACAGAAGCCAAUAUUAGCGAAUUCAUUCAAAAUUAUGAAAUUGUUAAUGAAAAUUCAAUAAAUGUACAAACUAAUAACGAACCCUCUGAAACAAUCCCCGCUCCCAUUCUGAACAAUGAAUCGAUGGAAAAUCUUGAAAUUGGACAUGAAAACAAUAAUUUAGAAGCUAAUCCAUCUUCAGAACCUACGGUUGAAAAUCAGGCUGAUCAACUUGCAAAGGUCGAGGAAAUUGUACCAGAAAGUGCACCAGUUCAAGACUUGGAAAACAAAAUUAAUGACGCUCCAGCAACCGGAUCCCAAAUUAUUGGUCCACAUAUGAGCCCCACUGAUAUUGAGCAGCUUCUUAGCACUCUAACCACCACGUUCACAGAAAUGGGACAGUUUGCAACGGAUAUCAAUUUCAGGUAUCAAAUUGCUUCCCAGAUUCAUCAACAAUUAGCUGUUGCUGUAAAUGCAAUAACAACACAGAAUGAGACAAAAAUACCCACUGCGGACCCAAAUUUAGAUUUUGAUGAACGAGUCUACGAACCAGUUACUCUCUCAGAGUCCGUAAGUCAAGGUGUAGAUAAGAAAUUAGCAAAAUAUAAACGUUUAGCUGCGAAAAGGGAGCGAAAAAGUAACAGACACAAAUCACCGGAUGCUCGAAGCUCUCGGGCGAAAGAUACAUCGCGCUCAUCGUCACCAGGAUCGUCAUUGUCGGAAAGAGUGGCAAUAUCGGUGUCUGAAGAUAUCGUACCGGAUGAAGCAGUAGUAGGUGAAGAUAAGGGAGUUGGCAAUGUGUCCGAUGGAAGCUCACCAUUUCCCAAUGCUCAAGUUGAGAUUGUUGGAACAGACAAUGACUUGGAUGAUUCACUAAGAUUGGUGCAAGACGAAGAUGAUCUUCCCCGCGACGAAGGGGAGUACAAUUCCAGUCCAGACGAUGAAUCUGAGAUAUCAGAUGAAGAAUUUGAUGAGAGUGAAAAUGAGAAGAAUUCUUCCGGUAGCAAAUCCGGCAGCCAACAAGUAGAAGUUGAUGAGGAUGAUGAUGAGGAGGAGGAUGAUGAAGGUGAUGAGCUAAAUGGCGAUGAGGUUCCAUCAAGUGCCGAUGAUUCUGAGCUGGAGCAAUUAGCAGAGGGCGAAUAUGAAGAAAUCGAUGUGAACCAUUCCUCUGAUUUCGAAAUUUAUAAUAACAAGGACACUGAAAAGAUUCUCACGGAUGAGGCAAUAGACAAUUCUAAGCCUUUUGUUCCUUCGGGCAUGGAAAAAUUAGAGAAGGCGAGUUCUCCCGUAGUGGAUGUGGAGACGAAACCUAAUGUGACAAAGACGGAGAAAGAGAUGAAGAUGGAGAAACUCAUGACUGAUGGAAAAGUUGAGACGGGAGAGAAAGCAGAAUUAGCCGUGCAACUCAUCGACAUGAAUUUCACCGAUGAGGAUUCGAUCUACGCAGCAAACGAGUGUUCCUCACUCUACUCGGCCCUUAGCUUUCUCCAACAAGAAUGCGAUCUCUGUACAGGAAAAUUCAGCGCUCGCCAGAUGGUUUCUAUGCUUCGAUGUACACACGUUUGCUGCCAUACUUGUGCCAAAGAGUACUUCACGGUCCAAGUGAGGGACAAGACGAUUGUGGAUGCAACAUGCCCAUUUUGUAGCGAGCCGACUCAUUUGACGGAUGACACUGAGGCCGCAACAGAUUACUUUAAUCAUUUGGAUAUUCUGCUCAAAUCCAUUUUGGAACCUCGGUAUCAUGAAAUGUUCCAAAGAAAACUGAGAGAUUGGGCUCUCGCGAAAACACCGAAUUUCAAGUGGUGCUCAAAAUGUUCUUCAGGAUUUAUUACGGAACCUCUGCAAACACGGCUAAUUUGUCCGGACUGCAACGCGGUUACGUGUGCGAUCUGUCUGGAGCAGUGGGAUAAGUUCAAUCACGACCACAGAGAAAGCAAAGUAAAAGUUUGCGAUUCUUCCUCAAAAACCAUUGUGGAUUAUCUUAAUGAGAAUAAUAUUGAGUGUCCGCGAUGUCAUUUUCGAUUCGCCUUAGCACGAGGAGGCUGUAUGCAUCUGACCUGCACACAAUGUCGCCACGAGUUCUGUUCUGGAUGCUCUGCAAGUUUUCGAAUGGGUGAUAAGUGUGAUGCCAAACUUCCAAUUUGUGAGAGGCUCGGGCUGCAUGCCCAUCAUCCUAGGAAUUGUCUAUUUUACUUGAGAGACAAAGAGCCAGAAAUCCUCUGCAAACUUUUGGAGGAAAAUGCUAUUCCAUACUUGAAAGAGAAUUCUGGAUCACCAAAUGACGAUCGACCCACAAAAAGAACGUGCCAAGUACCGAUUCAGAAAGAGACGAACGAAGGAUUAAGAGACGACAUUUGUGGAAAAGAUGCUCCCGUUGGCUAUGCAACUGUCUGCAAUGGCCAUUAUGUCGAAUAUUUGGGGCUCCUCAUUUGGCAAAAUCAAUUGGAUCCAACCUCAAUUUUAAGCUGUGACGAUUUAGAAGUCAUUAUUCGAAGAUCCAAUAAGAAACAUCCUGGCAGACCAUUCGCUACAACUGAUGAAGAAUUUAGGAACAGGUUGCUGAAGGUAAUUCAAGAUGAAAUUCCUCUGUAAACGGAGUGUCGACUUCCUGCAAAAUCACAAGCUCCUUCCUUUACGUUGUUGAUUUGUUCCUCGCAAAUUACGCAUCCCCGUCUAGACUAGACUUGAAGAAGAGUUUCCUUAAGAAAACGACCUUGUGCAUAAAUACUGCAUACAUAUAUCGUUUCAUAUGUAGAUUUGCAUAUGUCGUUAAAUCGGUAAUUCCUAGAAUGGUAGCUAUUUUGUCUCUUCGUUGUUUUCUACAUGUAUUACCAAUUUCUUUAUAUGCGGAUAUCACUUUUUAUUAAAUAGAAAAAUGCAGUGAUAAUUCAUUUGAAUUUUAGCAGAUUUACAAUAUUUAAUUAAAACGCCAUUAUGUUGAUCCUACAAUGCGAAGGGUCUAAGAAUAUUCAUCGGAUACACAAACGAGCCUCAUCCUAGUUGUUUAUUCGACAAGAAUAAGAUAAUUUGGUGGGUUUCA